AUGGACAAUCAAAUGUAUAAUGUACCGGCGGACUUGACCGCCCGAAAUUCAGUUGUCAUGGAUGGGAUUGUACCACAUACAACGAUGAACUCACUUGUUCAAUCCUAUUCAUUUGAUCUUAAUCACCAAAACCAUGGCAUGGCUUUAGUUCCAGUGCUUUCAUCCUUUCCAGGAGAACCUGUCAUGCAUUCUCAUUCUGAGUUUAAUGGCACAAACGGUGCCGGCAUUGUUGAAUCAAAUCCAUUUGUUACAUCCCAAAGAAGGCAUAAUGUGAGAGACUCCUCAUUCAUCAGUUCAAGUUUCGCUGAUAAUACUGUGUUCCAAGCAACACCUCAUUCUGCUGCUUCACUUGCUACCCUUUUGGCUGCAAAGGGUAGUCUUCAAGAAAAUCUCAACAACUUAGCAAUUUCAGGAACUCCGGUCAGUUCUUCAGAAGCUUACACUUCAAAUGACUGCUCUAACAACUCUAAUUCUCUGUUUGCAACCUCUAUGAAUUGUGGAUAUGAUGAAAUACUUGGUAGUGUAAGUAGUCAGUGGGAGAUCAACAAGUACGCAGCUCCUUCGGAACUUGGUGAGAGAACUUCAGUAAGAACAGGGUUUCAACCAUUUUCACCCACAGGAAAUCUGGAUCCAAAUGGAUGGUUAUCAUCAAAUGGUGAAAAUGCAAUGACAUAUCAUUCUUACAGUUCCUGUAAAUUCAGCAACGAGCUCGCUCUAACUCUCGCCACAUCCAGCCCUGCUAUCGUCGGUGGGGUGGAUAUCCGAAAUCAGUGUUCAGACAUUGGUUCUUCUGGGAUGGUUCACCCUACUUUGAAUCAAACAAGGUUUGGCUCGUCAGAGCAAAAUUCUUGCAACAGUGAGGAGCUUUCUCUAAGUUUUGGUUCUUACAAACCUCCUCAACUAUCCCAAGUAAUAUGUGGAUCAAGAUAUCUUCAUGUGGUUCAGGAAAUACUUUUUGACAUUGCAAGCUACUCACUAGAAAAUCUAGACCAGUCGAGUUUUUCAUCUGCGAGGAUCAUGUCUGAGAACGCUGACAGCGAUGGUAGAUUUGAGGUACAUAAGGAGUCUGCCUUGCAAAAACAGGAAAUCAAAACAAAGAAAUCCAAAUUGCUGACCCUGUUACAAAUGCUUGAUGACUGCUACAACCAAUGUGUAGAUGAGAUUCAUACAGUUGUAUCAGCGUUUCAUGCUGCUACCGAGACGGAUCCCCAUAUACAUGCUCGUUUUGCCCUUCAAACAAUCUCUGUACUGUAUAAAAAUCUGAGGGAAAGGAUUAGCACCCAUUUCCUUGCAAUGACUGCAAAUUCGAACCCUGCAUCCCCCACUGAGAGUGAAAGGUCUUUUGAAAUCCACAAGCAGUUGGCUCUGCAGCAUCUAAAAAAGAAAGAACAUCAAAUAUGGAGACCCCAGAGAGGCUUGCCUGAAAGAUCCGUCUCAGUUUUACGUGCAUGGAUGUUUCAAAACUUCCUUCAUCCGUACCCUAAAGAUGCAGAGAAGCAUGUCCUUGCAGUGAAAAGUGGAUUGACAAGAAACCAGGUAUCCAACUGGUUCAUCAACGCUCGUGUCCGGCUAUGGAAACCGAUGAUUGAGGAAAUGUACUCGGAGAUGAACAGACGAAAGACUCGUCAAAGUGACAACACUGAGAGAAACAAUAGAAGCCACCACCACAACAUAAGUAUUAACCAUCACAAAUUUGGUGUGAACUGA